AGUCUUCUUCUUCUAGUGCCUAGUCGCCUAGUGUCUCCCAGGCCACCACCAUUUGGAGAGAGUCUCCUGGACUCGCUUCGCCGCUCCGACCUCCAAUCUCCGGCCACCGCGGGCCGGCGGCUCCCCUCCUCCUCUCCUUCCCCAAUGGCGGCUCCCCUCCCCCACGCCCUUCUAGUACCCCACCGGCCUCUCCUGCCACCUUCCUCGUCGCGGCGGGGCCCAUCAUCAUCGUCCUCAUCCCUGGUCCUCCUCCUCGCCCGCCCCGCGCGCCGUGGGGGCGCCGCGCUCGUCCGUCCGGUCGCGGCGCUCGGCGGCGGGGGGGAUGUCGGCGAGCUGUUCGUCCGCGUCGAGGCGUUCCUCUACACCGUCGCGGACGCCGCGGUGGUGGCGGCGGCACCGGCGGCGGAGGCAGCGGAGGGAGGGGCCAAGGAGGCCGCAGGGGACUGGCUCUCCGGGAUCACCGGCUCCAUGGAGACCGUGCUCAAGGUUCUGAAAGAUGGUCUAUCGACUCUCCAUAUUCCAUAUUCAUAUGGUUUUGCGAUCAUCCUUUUAACAGUUCUGAUUAAGGGGGCCACUUUUCCUCUUACAAAGAAGCAGGUUGAGUCUGCACUUGCAAUGAGGUCACUUCAACCUCAAGUGAAGGCUAUCCAAGAACGAUAUGCUGGGGAUCAGGAAAGGAUACAACUCGAAACUGCUCGUUUAUAUAAGUUGUCUGGCGUUGAUCCACUUGCAGGGUGCUUGCCUACUCUCGUAACAAUACCGGUCUGGAUUGGUCUAUACAGAGCGCUCUCGAAUGUAGCUAACGAGGGACUUCUUACUGAAGGCUUUUUUUGGAUUCCUUCUUUGGCUGGUCCAACAACAAUUGCUGCGCGACAAAGUGGCCAAGGAAUAUCCUGGCUUUUUCCGUUUACGGAUGGCCAUCCACCACUUGGCUGGUCGGACACUCUGGCAUAUCUUGUGCUACCAGUUCUUCUGGUUAUUUCGCAAUACGUAUCUGCUCAGAUAAUGCAACCAUCACAGAGCAAUGAUCCCAGUCAACAAGGUGCACAAGCUGCAUUGAAGUUCCUGCCUUUGCUAAUUGGUUAUUUUGCUCUUUCCGUUCCUUCUGGACUGAGUCUAUAUUGGCUUACAAAUAAUGUCCUUAGCAGUGCACAGCAAGUGUGGCUUCAAAAGCUUGGGGGUGCCAAAAAUCCUGUCAAAGAAUAUAUUGACAAGCUUGCAAGAGAUGAGUCAGCAAAUGUUGACAAGUGUGAACCUGCUGUCAAGACUGAAGGUCUCCCAAAAGCUGGUAAAUCCGAGGCCAGUCAAGUACAAAAGCCAAGUGGGCCGCAGCGCGGUGAAAGGUUUAGGAAAUUAUUGGAGGAAGAAUCAAGGAGAAAAAGGCUUGAGGAGCAAUCAGAACAAACAGAAGAGGCAGGCGUAGAACCUGGCGCCCUUGAUGAUGGAGAACAAAAUUCUGAGCACGGUACCUCAGAAAGCAAAGAUGAACAGGACUCCCAUGAGAAUGAACUGAUUAUAAGUAGUAGCAAUGGCGGACUUGGCCAUAGUAAUGAAACAAUUCCCAACAGAAACAAAGAAGAGGAAACAAUUCAGGAACCUGGCGACAACCAUUCUUCAGUAAGCAACCCUGCCUCAUCGGCUGAUGAUAAAUUGAGAGACCAAGAGAAUGGAAAAGAUUCGGUGUAGUGAGUUUAGGAGGGUGGCUCUAGUCUAUCUACUGCUUUAAUAUGUCGAUUCAUCGGUAGAAUUUAGCCUAUCUGCAGUGCUAUCCCCCAAUGUGUUCAUCUAGUUCUUGAAUUUUUCGAAACCAGUUGUGCUUAGAAUAGAUGAGGUAGAGUACAUGUAGCUUGUAGAUUGCUCUCGAGAAAGAAUUGUGUUCAUCGCUCGGAUGUUUGUUCAGUUGGGAAUUUGGGAUGAAUGUAAGGUCUGCUGUAAAUGGGCAUCUUCCUCGCCUGAUUUUGACCUAUCAGACUUCAUAUGUAGUUAGCAGUUAUUACAAUUAUUAUACCAAUAAUUAUGAAUA